AGAACGACGACAAGACGCUGACGAACAAGAGGUGGAAGAAGACAACUGAAGCGCCUCGUCUUUAUUAUUUUAUAAAGAUCAGUUAAGACAAAUAAUUUCGUCAAGAAUUGAUUUUAAAUGAUUGCCGUCAGGAUUGGCUUGGGUAUCCUGUGCAUCUUGUAACGAAGCAGCACUUUAAAUACAGGUGUGUUUUGUUGCACCUCAGCAUGGCUGUGGUCAUCCGUUUGCAGGGUCUCCCCAUUGUGGCUGGGACUAUGGACAUACGUCAUUUCUUCUCUGGAUUGACCAUCCCAGAUGGUGGUGUGCAUAUUGUAGGGGGUGAACACGGUGAGGCUUUUAUCGUGUUCGCCACAGAUGAAGAUGCAAGGCUUGGAAUGAUGCGCACAGGGGGCUCGAUCAAAGGUUCCAAGGUGUCUCUGUUACUUAGUAGCAAAACAGAAAUGCAAAACAUGAUUGAGCUGAGCCGUAGGCGCUUUGAAACCGGCAGUGCAGAGGUUGCCACAGGAAAUGGUAGUCGGCCGGGUCCACCAGUUAGUACUGGUGGAAGUGGAAGGGGCAACUUGGCAACCACAGCCCAAGGUUUUAGUAACACAACUUCGACUACAGCCACCACAGCAGUGUCAACACACGAGCCUGUAAGCAACAAGACUGUCCCUACCUUUUCGACCACUACCAUGGGAAAUAUGCCCCCAAACUUUAAUAAUUUUAGCAGCCCAAGUCUUAGUUUGGGAUCAACAAUGACAACGGCAAUGUCAUCCUUGAACUCUGUACCUCCCCCAAUACCUCCCUUGCCCACCAUGCCAACUCUACCACCGAUGCCCCCCAUGCCAGGACCCCCACCAGUAUCCACAUUACCACCGGUACCUGCUGUUAAUCCGCUAACGUCAGUGCCUCCGGUCCCUCCCAUUGCACACAUGACGCACAUGUCUGCGCUUCCUCCAUUCAAUCCUGGUGUCCCUCCCCCAGUCGGCCCUUUAUCUGGUGGUAUGGCUGCCUCUGGUCCACUGUCUCUUGGAAAUCACAAUCCAAUGUUCCUAAAUCCCCUUAACCCCCUUAACCUCCAUUCUCACAUGAAACCAGCACCGACAAACCCAGAUGAGUUUUACGUUCAUCUACACGGCCUUCCUUUUUCAGUCACUGAAUGUGAAGUCAGAGAUUUCUUCCAGGGACUUGGGAUUGAGUCUGUUCGUUUGCUUAAAGACCACAUGGGUAGAAACAACGGCAGGGCAUUGGUUAAGUUCUUCUCGCCCCAAGAGUCUUUUGAAGCUCUGAAAAGAAAUGCUGGAUUGAUUGGCCAAAGAUAUGUUGAAGUUUCUCCAGCUACAGAGCGACAGUGGAGAGAGAGUGCGGGACAGUCUAAAGCAGGUGGUGACUCCGAACACAAUCGCAAUCGUCGCAGAAGUGCCAAUUCGCCACCACCCUCUGGUCGCGAGCGAGCCAGAUCCCGAUCUCCCCACAAACUAGAAUUCUGUGUGUAUUUGAAAGGACUCCCGUAUGAAGCUGAAAACAAGCAGAUCUUUGAGUUUUUCAAAAAUCUUGACAUUGUUGAAGAUAGCAUUUACAUUGCGUACGGUCCCAAUGGCAGGGCAACCGGUGAGGGAUUUGUGGAGUUUAGGAACGAAAAUGACUACAAAGUUGCUCUUGGAUGCCAUAUGCAGUACAUGGGUAGUCGGUUUAUUCAGGUGCAUCCGAUCACAAAGAAAAACAUGUAUGAAAAGAUAGACACCAUUCGCAAGCGAAUGCAGGGUUCCCAGGGCGAUCAGAAGAAUAGCUCGGGAGGAGGAAAGAGUGCCAAGAAUUGUGCUCACAUAACCAAUAUUCCUUAUAACGUGACAAAAAAAGAUGUCCGUCUUUUUCUUGAUGGCAUUCAGUUGUUUGAGGAAAGUCUUAAAGUGCUAGUUGACGGAAACGGUAAUGGUCUUGGCCAAGCUAUUGUGCAGUUCAAGUCUGACGAGGAUGCACUGAAAGCAGAGAGACUCCAUAGGCAAAAAUUGAAUGGCAGGGAUGCUUUUGUUCAUUUGGUAACAUUCGAUCAGAUGAAGGAAGUUGAGAGAAAUCCUCCUCCACAAGCAAAGAGAGGCCAGAAAUCCCUAGGCAAUUCCCAUGCCCAUACUCAUGCACAUGCACAUGCGCAGCCCCAGGCCCAAGUUCCCCAAGUGCCUCAUGCUUUUCCAGGAAUGACAGGCGACGAGUUUAGUUUUCUGAGAAAUGCUGUUGGGACCCUUGGCAACGGUCCCCCUUUUGUCAACCCCUUCGUUGCCCCAGGUAACGGACUGGCAGGUCCACCGCCUUUGCCGCCACUUGGUGCUGCUUUGGGUGAUGUCCCGCUAGGCCUUCCCCCACCAAUGGUUGGAGGACCCCUUCCCGGUCCUGUUCUAGAGCACCCUGGUUUCAGACCCAGUGCACCUUCUGGCUUUGGUGCACCAGAGCCAUUAAGGGGCAUCCCAUCCUUUGAUAAUGGAUCUUCUCGUAAAGCCAUCGGCCAAAAUCAUGGAGGAAGCCAAGGUCAGAGGCCAGCUACUGAGAAUCUUAGAGGACCUACCAGUGGUCCAGGUAAUUCAAGGCCCACCAUUGUCAAAAUUCAAAACAUGCCCUUUACUGUGACUGUUGAUGAGAUAAUCGAUUUUUUCUAUGGCUAUCAAGUGUUGCCUGGUUCUGUAUGCUUGCAAUUCAAUGAGAAAGGUUUGCCUACUGGGGAAGCGAUGGUUGCUUUUGACUCCCAAGAUGAAGCAAUGGCUGCUGUUAUGGACCUGAAUGAUAGGCCUAUUGGGGCAAGAAAAGUGAAGAUCACUUUGGGAUGAAAACAAUGACUUUGUCAUUGCAAAGUAUGUUUUCUUUUGACACAGUUUUCUGUCAAAUUAACUAAACUGGUUGUUUAAGUACAGCAGAAGAAACUGACAAAAGUAUUAGUUUUUUUUUUCCUGGACACAUUAUGCAUCCAAGAUUGCGUUACAUGAAGCAUGACAAUUGAGGAAAGCCGAUAUUUAUUUUUAAUUUCUCUAAACAGCGUUGUUUAAGACUUCAGGCCAAUAAUGUUUUAGUACACAUCUGCAGAUCAGAAAAAGGGGCAACUUCAUAGUGGUAUGUUCAUUGGAGCCUAAUAGCUGUGGAGGAGGUUAGUUCCUCAUUGUUUGGUAUCUCCGCAGUUUUACACAUCUGUAUAUUAUUAAUGCUGCAUAGUACGCAUUUGAGGUAAAAAACAAAAGGCUGCUGUGCAUUGUGCGCUUAUAUACAUGUCUACACUUCAGUUUCAAUGUUUGCUCUCUGCUGCAAGUUUUUUUCUGUCAAUAAAAUGCUAUGUCUAUCAAUAUCUGUUGCUGUCACAUUGGAUUGCUAUAAAAGCCUGAUGUCAAACAAUACUUCACUGUACACUAUAAGCGGUUGUGAAGCACAUGAGGCAUUGUAAUAUAAUGUAUAUGAAAGCAUUUUACUCUCUUUGCUUAGCUCUCUUCACAAUGUGUUGUGGUGUUCGAUAGCUUCCUUUUUUUUGGAUGUUUGGCUUUUUUUUAAAAGUUCUGCAGAAAUGGAUUAGUUGUUAUACGUAGUUUAUUUUGACGUUCCAGCGCUUUUUCUCUUGUAAAUACUUUCCAGCUGAAUUAUUUUGUCAAUAAAAUGCCAUUCCUGAAAUGAUGACACUUAAA